CCAACAGCUGGCAUUUCAGAAUGUAGCGCGACCGUCAACCACUGUGACUUUUAAAAAGUUGUGUUUACGUGUGUCCGGCUGCUACUUUUGCAUGGUGUUUCAGUCAACUGCCCUACAGCCUUUAUAAGGAGCACCACCAUGGCCAUGUGGAUCCAAGCCCAGCAACUACAGGGCGAUGCCUUACACCAGAUGCAGGCUCUUUACGGCCAGCACUUUCCAAUUGAGGUUCGACACUACUUGGCCCAGUGGAUUGAGAGCCAACUCUGGGAUUCAAUCGAGUUGGGCAACCCAGCUGAGGAAGCCAAGGCCAAGCGUCUUUUGGACAACUUGGUGGCAGAGCUCCAAAGGAAAGCCCAGCUUCAGGGAGGAGAAGAUGGCUUUCUUCUAAAGAUCAAGCUAGGACACUAUGCAAACCAGCUAAAAAGUACUUAUGACCGCUGUCCUUUGGAGCUAGUGCGCUGCAUCAAACACAUCUUGUGUUCCGAGCAGCGAUUGGUUCAGGAAGCUUCAAAUGCAAAUUGUGUAAUAGGGGGACAGACGUUGGACAGUCUGUCCCAGCGCCAUCAGCAGAUCAAUCAGGCCUUUGAAGAGCUCCGGCUAGCCACGCAGGAGACUGAGAAUGAACUGAGAAAGCUGCAGCACAGCCAAGAGUACUUUAUCAUCCAGUACCAGGAGAACUUGCGUAUCCAGGCCCAGCUGAGCAGCCUUAGCUCCCUGCCUCCAGCUGAACGCACCCAACGGGAAACCCCCCUACAAAGCAAGAGGGCAACUGUGGAGGCCUGGCUCGCCAGAGAGGCCAGCACAUUACAAAAAUACAGGCUUGACCUUUCAGAACAACACCAAAAGACCCUGAGCCUUUUGAGGAAACAACAAACUUUGAUUUUAGAUGAGGAGCUCAUACAGUGGAAGAGGAGGCAGCAGUUAGCUGGCAACGGGGGUCCUCACGAGGGAGGACUAGAUGUUCUUCAGUCCUGGUGUGAAAAAUUGGCCGAUUUAAUCUGGACAAAUCGGCAGCAGAUUCGACGCUGCGAACAUCUUACUCAGCAACUUCCUCUGCCAGGCUCCAUGGAAGACGUGCUGAACAAACUCAAUGCCGACAUCACUGAUAUCAUCUCCGCUUUGGUCACAAGCACCUUCAUCAUAGAAAAACAACCGCCCCAGGUGUUAAGAACCCACACCAAGUUUGCGGCAACAGUGCGACUUUUGGUGGGUGGGAAGCUCAAUGUCCACAUGAAUCCACCUCAAGUCAAGGCUGUCAUUGUGAGUGAGCAACAGGCCAAAGCACUACUCAAAAAUGAAAGCACACACAGUGAAAGCAGCGGUGAAAUUCUUAACAACAACUGUGUGAUGGAGUAUCACCAGGCGACAGGCACUCUCAGUGCACACUUCAGAAACAUGUCUCUGAAGCGAAUCAAGCGUUCGGACCGUCGCGGUGCAGAGUCGGUGACUGAGGAAAAGUUCACGGUUCUGUUUGAAUCGCAAUUCAGCAUCGGUGGCAAUGAGCUAGUAUUCCAUGUCAAAACUUUAUCACUACCCGUGGUGGUGAUAGUCCACGGUAGUCAGGACAACAAUGCCACAGCAACAGUACUUUGGGACAAUGCCUUCGCUGAACCAGGUCGUGUGCCUUUCAUUGUACCAGACAAGGUAUUAUGGAAUCAACUAUGUGAAGCCCUAGAUAUGAAGUACAAGGCAGAGAUGCAUAGUGGCCGCGGCCUGUCAGAGAAUAACCUGGUUUUCCUAGCACAGAAAGCUUUCACGAGUACAAGUAACAACCCAGAGGAAUACCGCAACAUGACCAUAUCUUGGGCACAGUUCAACAGGGAGAAUUUACCCGGACGCAACUUCACCUUUUGGCAGUGGUUUGAUGGAGUCAUGGAACUUAUGAAGAAACACCUCAAGCCCCAUUGGAAUGAUGGGGCCAUCCUGGGUUUUGUGAACAAACAGCAGGCACAGGAUAUGCUCAUGUCAAAACCCAAUGGGUCAUUCCUCCUGCGUUUUAGCGACUCUGAAAUCGGUGGCAUCACUAUUGCCUGGGUUGCGGAAAACCCCAACAAAACGGGUGAAAGGCUGGUCUGGAAUCUGUUGCCUUAUACAUCCAAGGAUUUCUCCAUUCGCUCCUUGGCGGACCGUAUCAGUGAUCUGAACCAUCUCUUGUUUCUCUAUCCCGACCGACCUAAAGAUGAAGUCUUUGCCAAGUACUACACACCACCACUCUCAAAAGCUGUGGAUGGCUACGUGAAACCACAGAUCAAACAAGUUGUGCCAGAAUUCACCACCCCAAAUCCUGAACCUUCCGGAACAACUCCUACAUUCAUGGACCAGACGGCUUCCCCAUCCGUGGUUAGCCCCAACAAUUUUGCUGCCUAUCACUCCAUGGGGGACACCAUGUUGGAUGCAGACGCAGACUUUGACUUGGAUGAUACCAUGGACGUAGCUCGACAUGUGGAGGAGCUUCUCCGUAGGCCGUUGGCCUAAAAGCAGUUCUGAGUGAGACACGACUACAGAACAGAAGCGUCUUUAUAUGCUGGACUAACGGUCAGGUUUUAAACAGCCAUCCACUUUCCUCAGUUUCUUUGUCAGUUGAAAUACUCUGACGGUAACAAGUUGGUGCUACGCAAGAGCACUCCUGCAUCGGUCUUCUCCCGUUCAGAUUUGUCCAAGAUGACAAGUAGCAUGGAUGCCUUUUGACAUUCUUUUUAUACAUAGUCAUUCUGACAUGGGCCAUUCCAACAGGCCUAUGAGUUUUUAAAACUCAAGUAAAAUGUGACUAAAUGGCACACAUUUUCACAUUCUAAUAGAGGUUGUCUGUCAGUAUGCUAGGAAUUGAAAUUAAGCACAAAAUGAUUUGGAAAGUUACCAGUACAAGUACAGUAUUACAUAAAGGUUUGUAGUUCUGUUAAAUGUAAAUACGGUCAUCCAUCAAAGUGUAUUGGUGGUUUACAGAUUGUUGUAAGAUUUUUGAACUAUACAACAUGUAUGUAAAUGCUUUCAUUUGAAUCAAAAGUACAUUUUAGAUCAUUAUAAUUGACAGUUGUUAUAUAUUACACAUUCACGUGUAUGUUAUAUAUUCUCUCUCUCUAAUAUAUAUGCACACAGUGGUAUGAAAAACUAUCUGAACCUUUUGGAAUUUCUCACAUUUCUGCAUAAAAUCAUCAAAUGUGAUCUGAUCUUUGUCAAAAUCACACAGAUGAAAAAACUGCUUUAACUAAAACCACCCAAACAUUUAUAGGUUUUCAUAUUUUAAUGAGGAUGGUAUGCAAACAGUGACUGAAGGGGAAAAAAUAGUAAGUUAACCAUCACAUGUAAUAUUUUGUUGUCCCCCCUUUGGCAGCAAUAACUUCAACCAGACGCUUCCUGUAGCAGCAGAUCAGUCUGGACAUCGAUGAGGACGAGCCUUGGCCCAUUCUUCUCCACAAAACUGCUGUAGUUCAGUCAGAUUCCUGGGAUGUCUGUCAUGAUUCGCUGUCUUUAGGUGAUGCCACUGCUUUUCAAUGGGGUACAAGUCUGGACUUUGACUUGGCCACUCCAGAAUAUGUAUUUUGUUCUUAUGAAACCAUUUUGAAGUGGAUUUACUUCUGUGUUUUGGAUGAUUGUCUUGUUGCAGCAUCCAUCCUCUUUAGCUUCAACUGUCUGACAGACGGCCUCAAGUUAUCCUGCAAAACAUCCUGAUAAAGCUUUGAAUUCAUUCUUCCAUUAAUGUUUGCAAGUUGUCCAGGCCCUGAGGAAGCAAAACAGCCCGAAAUCAUGAUGUUCCCUCCACCAUGCUUGACUGUGGGGAUGGGGUGUUGAUGUUGGUAAGCUGUUCCGUUUUUUCCUCCACAAAUGACGUGUGUUACUCCCAAACAAUUCAACUUUGGUUUCAUCAGUCCACAAAAUAUUUUGCCAAAACAUCUGUGUAGUGUCCAAGUGCCUUUUUGCAAACAUUAAACGAGCAACAAUGUUUUUUUAGACAGCAGUGGCUUCCUGCCAUGAACACCAUUCUUGCCCAUAGUUUUACAUAUAGUUGAUGUGUGCACAUGGAUAUUGGAUUGUGCCAGUGAUUUCUGUAAGUCUUUAGCAGACAGUCUAGGGUUCUUUUUACCUCUUCUAGUAUUCUGCACUGAACUCUUGUCUUCAUCUUUGGUGAACGGCCACUCCUUGGGAGAGAAGCAACAGUGCCAAACUCUCUCCGUUUGUAGACAAAUUCUCUGAUCGUCGAUUGAUGAACAUCCAGACUUUUGAGAUGGGUUUGUAUACAAAUGAACAAUCCUCGAUCGCAGGUCUUCAGACAACUCUUUUGACCGAGGUAUGAUGCACAUCAGACAAUGCUUCUCAUCGAGACCAUUCUUACCAGGUGUGUGUUUUAUAGUGGGCUGGGCAUCUUUAAGCCACUCAUCAGUGAUUGGGCACACACCUGACUUAAAUUGUUUGGUACAAAUUGGUAGUUGCUUUUUCAGUCUCCUUAUGCAUAGGGCUCACUUAUUUUUCCCCCUUCUGUCAUUGUUUGCAUGCUAUCCUCAUUAAAAUAUGAAAACCUAUAAAUGUUUGGUUAGUUUUAGUUAAAGCAGACUUUUUUCAUCUGUUUGAUUUUGACAAAGAUCACAUUUGAUGGUGAUUUUAUGCAGAAAUGUGAGAAAUUCCAAAAGGUUCAGAUACAACCACUGUAUAUAUAAUACAGGUAGUCCCCGGGUUAAAGUAACAUUUGCUAACUUUUCAGUGUUGGUCGAAUUUAGCGACGACAGUGGACAAAAGCAGUAGGGUUUUGCCUUAAGGAAGACAGCGUUUCCCAUGAGGAUCAGCGUACACCCGCACAGUGUCAUAAAAUUAUCAAUCAAUCUCCCGGUCGCCUGCAAAUGGAUUAAACAAUCCUUUUCCAGGGGAUGUGUGAAGGAUGAAUAGUAAUAAGGUAAUGAAUCCAGUUGUGGUUAAACAAUGACGGUUAGCAACCGUGUGGCUUAGUGUGACUAACCCCACCCGAACUCGUCAGCUUUGACAAGGGAGCGAAAGCCGGGCCGAUUUUUAUGGUGUAUAUCCUGGUAGCCUCCCUUUUUUUCCCCUGUGAGACAAAACUUUUUCUCUUUGGUUGCUCUGCCAUCUUUCCAGAAUUUGCGCAAAAGCGUUAGCAUCGACUUCCGUCCCUAUAAUGAAAGGGGGAAGUGGCGUAUGCCGUCAAGCAGUCAGCACAUUUGUAGUAUUUUUUGUGUGACAGGGUUCCUGCCACCCUCCUCAAAGUUGAUUAGUGCUGAUGAAAGUGAUGCAGACCCCCUCAAGAUAUAAAAGAGGUGUUAUUCAACUAGUUGUCAGUCGACAUAUUAUCACAAAUGUUAUGAAAGUACUUUAUAAAGGGUGAAAAGCUACCAGGUGUUGCGUAAAAGGAUUACGUCGCCUGCGUAGGAACGGAACUCGUUCAUAACCCGGGGACUACCUGAUAAUUGAAAAUUUUCAACAGAGGAGCUCGAGAUCUACUUGUUUUCCACCGCAAAAGACAAUAGCAAUUUAUUUCAUGUCAGCAGCACUAAUUAUACCUUUUUCAUUUUUUUUUUUUUUUAAAUAAAUAAAUACAAUUUGUUUUAGGUCUAACAGUUGUUUGUAACUACUUUUUGGGUGUGGAAUCCAUUUUCCUUCACAGCUUAAGACUGAUUUAUGCGUCUGCGUAGCGGUGACGGCGGACCUACGGCGUUAAAGCAGACCUGAUUUACGACUACGCCGUAGCCCGACGUGCGCCUCCAAAAAGUCCUCCUACCAACUUUGCAGAGGUCAUAUUCAAUGAUAUUUUCAUCAUUUGCCUUGGGCCGUAGUUUGGACACCCCUGUUCUAAGCAGUUACCAUGACGUGAUUAGAAAAAUAAUCUUUCAAAAAUAAAUCCCAAAUUGUAAAAUGCAAAAAAGAAGCAAAGCAGGACAAACUGGAUUGUACCCUUAUUUAUUUUAGUACAAAAUAUGCCACAUAGGUAUCAAAGACAAGUGAGAUGAUUUGUUCAAGGAAGGCAUUUGGCGUUCAUCCUUGUGGCGAAACAAUUUUGCUACAUACCAGUUUGUAACGACUGGCCUUCGAGGAAAAAAAAUAAAAAUGAAGCAUUUCAUAUUUUAAAAUGAACAGAAAUCAGAGGGGACAUGCUGCUUCAUCUUCAGGUACGAAUGAGUCUCUGAGUAUAAGAUUGAUUUCGUGACGGUACUGUUGACUGGAGAUUAUUCAAUUUCUUACUAUAUUGUACAGUGUUUUAUGACUGAAAAGAAUAAUGCUACUUUGUUUUCAUUACAUGGCAUACUUAUUGGUCCAUUCCUUCGCUAGUCUGUUGUAUCUGAAAAGAAAGAGUGAAAAAGAAUUUAGUUCAGAACUGUUACUGCAAUCAAAUUCUGUUUUUUUCCCCAAAAAUGUCGGUUGAAAUGACAGCGACUUGAUUGAAGUUUGUCAUUCUACUAGGUUUGUGAUUUGAUUGCAAUCUCUAUUGUAGGUUUGAACCGCUCUCAAAAUGAGGUUUUGGAAUCUGUUCAAGUGUGACAUCAGGCUCCUGAUUAUAUUAGAAGAGAGCUGAGUGAGGACAAGGUUCCUACAGUCUUCAUCAAGUGAAAUUUAAGACCACGUCCGACAAAAUGUCAAUUCCCAGGUAAAUUUCAUGGCCAAACUGUGUUUUUGGCAGCCCUUCGAAUUUCCGUCUAAUACUUAUUAUUAGUCUUGGUCAUAUGUUAGGCAUUUCAAAAAUGUGUUUAGUCUUUGUCUAGUUUGUGUUUCCAACCAUUUCGAAAGAACGUUGACAGACGAGAACAUAAUGUAGCGUCUACAAGGACAAUGCCAACUUCCUGGUGAUAACACACACUCAAAACAGUACAUUAUUUUCUAUUUUACACACCUGGACACCACGUACCGUGUGUUAAAAAAAUAAGAGGAUGCUUACCGUUAACACCAGCCAAAUGCUAACGCGAGUGCUUUGCUAAUACUACGAGUUACAUUUAGUGUGUGAUAAUCGGAGAGGGUAGUAACAUGUUACAUUUACUUAGAAGUACAUUUUUCUCAAAAUGUUAUUUUAAUAGUCGAUUGAUCAAUGAACUAGUGAGUUGGAAUAAUCGGAAAGGGAACAUAAAAAUUAAAAUACCCGAGCUGAGCCUCAAACGGUAUAAAUAAAUAAACAAUCGGCUAACUUACAUAGCAAAAGUCCGCUAGCAUAAAUGCUAUAAAAUGCUAACUUUUUUUUUUUUACGAUGCUCUUCACAAAUGGUUCAAAAACAUAUUUCCACAAAAAACGGCUAAAUAUACCUAUAAACUAGAAACUGCAAUUUCUGGAGAAAUGACUCUGGGUCUUUGCUGUGUGGAGAUACAGAACUUAGCCCCGCCCAGGUUGGGUUUUUUUUUAUUGGGGACCAAUAGAAUCGACAAACAUGAUCGUCAAUGGCAUUAAACAAGGUAAAUGCCAAUGAAAAUGAAUGGGAAAUGUGUCCAAAUUUCCAUAUGCGUCAAUGGAAUCCAAGUACAUUGGCAUCAAUAGAAUCAACAAACAUGGCCGUCAAUGGCAUUAAACAAAGUAAAUGCCAUUGAAAAUGAAUGGGAAAUUUGGACGUCCAUAACAGUCAAUGGCAUCGACAUCCAUAUGCAUCAAUAGAAUUGACAUACAUGGCCGUCAAUGGCAUCUAUCUAAAUUGGCCUCAAUGCAAUGAUAGUGCCAUUGGAAGUGAAUAGGGAAAUUUGGACGUCCAUGGCCGUCAAUGGCAUCGACUUCCAUAGGUGUCAAUGGAAUCUGGGACAUUUGGGGGACACGUCCUAUUGCUAUCUGGUCAUUUCCUGUUGAUUUGGGGACAUCAAUUUUUUUCCCAUUGAAAAUGAAUGGAAAAUUUGGUACAUUGGCAGCAAUAGAUUCGACAUACAUGGCCGUCAAUGGCAUUAAUGCACUGUAAAUUCCAUUGGAACGGCAAAUUUGAACCAACGUUGCAUCCCAUUAAAAAUGAAUGGGAAAGUUUUCGGCAAAUUUCCGGUGAACCGUAAAUUUUUUCCAAAUUCUGUAUAAAACUUUUAUGCCCCCCACUGUCUUGAUGUCCAAAUUAUGUGAUUAGGUAAAAAAAAAAAAAAGGACUACAUACAUUUAGGAUUCCCCCCCCCAAAAAAAUCGGUGUUUACGGGCGAAUGGAAAAUUUUUCGGGGUCGUUUGAAAAAUUCCCUUCGUUGCAUGAAAAUUCCUGUCGGUUAGGGUUGUGCGGUGCGCCGAAGAAAUCCCAUUUUUAAAAAAAAUUUUUUUUAAAACAGAAUAACACUAUCUGGGAUUUUUUCAAAUACUUUUUCAAAGACCCAGAUAACUAAAUUGUGUAUUUAAAAAAAAUUAGCUCAAACAAAAACUUAGCUUAUGUUGGUCUUAACGGGGAGCAACUUGAUUCAGCCAUGUGAAACGAGAUAUCAUAUUCACUGUUGCCACUAGAGGGAAGUGUAUCCUCCCAAAUCAAGAAAACUAAAUGCAAACACUUUCAAAACAAACCAUUACAACGCCACUUUAAUUAAACGAACACUCGAAGGAGCAAAAUGUAAUUCGAAUCUUUUUUCUAAUCGAAUUACUCGAGCUAAUCGAUUAAUCGUUGCAGCACUAGAGGAGUCUCAAAUUCAAAUCAUCUUUAUGGGUGGGGGGAAUGGCGGCAGGUGCCUUUUAAAUUUGGGUGUUCGUACUUACUUCUCUUUGUCAUUCUUGUAGAUCUGUGCUAUAUCGGGAACUAAAGGGUCAUCUGGGUUUGGGUCACACAACAAAGAACAUAUGGACAAUAGCACUGAAAGUCAGAAGAAAAAAUGUGAUAUUUAGACAUGAUCUUCCUCGCUACGCACAAAAAAAAAACAGAUCGCAAGCACCUUUUGAGACGGUUAGAGCAGGAGACCACUGCGAGCGUAGAAUGUCCAAACAAAUACUCCCGUUGCUGUUGAUAUUUGGGUGAUAAAUCUUUGUUGUAAACGCUACCUGGAAAAGAGAUCAGAUCCAAUUUCCUUGCUUGAUGCGGAUGUUUUAGAUCAGGAGAUGCCAUUUAUCAUUAGAAAUUUUUUACACAUUUUACUGUUAUUUACCUAAUACAAUAAUGUACAUAGACAGAGCAAGCAAUCUCAAGUAGCUCAAUUCAUUGUCCACAAUUAUAGUUAGGUCACAGUUUUCUGGUGAAGUUUCUUUACACCACAAGAGGGCACAUGUCACUUAUUUGUCAUGUAGGAAUGUCGGCAUCAUAAAUCAAGAGUUCAUUUUUUCAAGUGACACGAAAUUUACUGUCAUGUCCAAUCAGGAAGGGUGAUCAAAAUCUGACAUUUGGUGUGAGUUAAGAAGCAUAUAAUCAAAAAAAUUUGGCCCAAAUAUCAAAUUUUAAGUCACUACCAGUCAUGUGAAAGAGGCUUUAGUUUACUAUUUUUUUAGGCAUGACCCAAUUGAGGAUAAGUGGUGUAGAGAACAGAUAGAAGAAAAAAGUUGUGAUUUACUGACUUCAGCAUUUGUUUGGUUGACAAUGACUCAAAAUAGUUUUUUAAAAAAAAAAAAACAAGUCCAUCUUACCUUUGGUGGCUUGAAGGGGUAAUCGGUGGGGAAGUGUAUUGUGAGAAAGAAAACUCCUCCUUGGUAAGGACUGUCGCCCUAAGAACAUAUGUUAGAAAUUUCAUAAACUGUUCACUAUAGACCCUACCCACCGACGUCACAAAACCACGUGCUCGCUGUAUGGUUCCGCCCACUUGUCCGUCAUUUUGUCUCUGUAUUAGCAUUGGUUUCAAUUGACCGAGGAAUUUAAAAUGCAUUUCAUGGAAGACCCGGUGCUUUCUGAUGCCGUAAACUCACUGGAUGUGUUGCAUAAAAGGCGUUAUGUGGAAAAGCUUCGUUCUAUACAGUCGCCAGAUCCAUAUUUGAUGCCCAAAUCGAUGUUUUUCGACCCACUGUCUUCGCCCUGUCUGCCUGACAUCUGCUACGCUGAUAUUUACAAUUAUC